AUGUCAUUGAAGAGAGGAAUUAACGAAGAAGAAGUCUAUUUUCUGAAUCGAGCCUUUGAAAUAGCUGUGGAUGCGGUCAUUAAUAACGAAGUGCCUGUUGGCUGCGUUUUCGUUUUCGAAGGUCAAGAAGUGGCUUUUGGACGAAAUGACGUCAAUCGUACGAAGAACCCCCUAUAUCAUGCAGAAAUGGUUGCUCUUGAAAUGUUGAAAUGGUGGUGCGUGGAUAAUGGACGUGAGUUGGAGAAUGUAAUGCGCCGCACGACUCUAUACGUUACGCUUGAACCAUGCAUCAUGUGUGCCUCAGCAUUAUAUCAUUUGCAUUUGAAAAAGAUCUUGUAUGGUGCAGCAAAUGAACGUUUCGGUGGUUUAGUUAGUGUUGGAACAAGGGAGAAAUACGGGGCUGAGCAUUUCAUUGAGAUUGUGCCAAAUCUUAGUGUUGAUCGGGCUGUGAAGUUGUUGAAAGAAUUUUAUGAGAAACAGAAUCCAUUCUGUCCAGAAGAGAAACGGAAAAUGAAAAAACCGAAGAAAUCAGGAAACAUUGAUGACAGUUUUGCUCCCAUUACUGUUUUAGAUAUCUUGAAAUUUAUCGAGUGCAAGAUGGAAAGCAGUGAAAUAGAGAGCGAAACUCAAAAACUGCAAAAAUCUUCAUCUGAGAAGCGAUUGAGAGUGCAGAUCACGGAAGGAGAUCUGCUUUGUGUCAAUCAGUGUGGUUUUUACGGUACACCACAGUGGAAGGGAAGAUGCUCAAAGUGCUGGCGAACUUAUCAAAUGGAGGAGAAGAAAACACAGUAUUAUACCAAAAAUAGAGAACUUCUAAGUUUCGAGAAAUUUGAAGGACGUCGGAGACUAUCUACAGAAAGUCGUUCGCUUACGUUAAAGUCGAUUCUUCGAAAAUCAUCAUCACUAACUGCCAAUUCAAAUUCCUCCCAAGAAACAAUAUACACAACAGCUCCGUCGCAGUCUACACUGCCAUCUCCUGUUACACCGAUAAGGCAUCGUCUUAGUGAAGAAAGUAGUUACGCUUGUGAUCGUUUUCACGAGUUCCUUCAAAAUAAUCUUUCUCAAGCAGCUGCUCAUGAGAUAGCUCAACAAACACAUCAUGCUGUUGAUAAAAUUCUGGAAGUCAGUCUUCGUAUUGUUAUUCCUCACUCGAUUGAAUCGUGGGUAAGGGGAGAUGGUACUUGUUUGAAAUUGAAUAACUUGUUUGAAUUCCAGCAACAAAACGUCAAUAUGGAUGACCUCUCUGGCAUGGUACAGCAUUUUUAUCAGGUGCUUGCAGAUAAAAUGCGUCAUAGCCCCCUUAUGAAUGAUUCAGUGGUUAAUGUAAGCGUUGAAGAAGUAAUGGCAGAAGUAGAACAAUAUAUAUGUGUACGGGCCUAUAGCACAUUAGCUGACGAAGAAACUGCAGAUUUAUCUUUGCAAGAUAGAAUACGGUCCUUGAAUUGGGUUACAGCAGGUUUUCUGGAAACCACUCUUGAUUUUAGUCAAGAAUCGGUUCGUGACAAAUUAGAUGAAGCAAUAACUGAAAUUAUUGAUAUGAACAGCCAUCGUGGAGCAGCGGAAAAGUUGCAGUGUUUGGUUCGUUGCUCGAAAAUGAUCUUCGAAGCGCUUAAGGAAAGCCGCUCAGGCGCUCCGGCUGGUGCCGAUGAAUAUUUGCCGGUACUGAUUUUUGUGAUUCUGAAAGGAAAUCCACCACUUAUUCAAUCAAACGUCAAAUUUGUCAGUCGAUUUGCUCUUCCGGCCAGGGUUUUGAGCGGCGAGUCAGGUUAUUAUUUUACGAAUGUAAGUUGCGCUCUACAAUUUGUGCAGAAUAUGAAUGCCGAAAGCUUAAAAAUGCCAAGAGAAGAGUUUGAGGCGUACACUUCAGGACACCAAGUACCUCCAUUGAACGCAAUGAAUAUGGGGUGUAACCAGUCGAUCCGGACUAUGGAAAAUUCUUUGGCACAAGUACGACAGCUGUUGGAGAGGCAGAAAAAUUUGAAGGAAAGAAUGGACGAGCUUGAAAUACGUGUGAAAAGGGAAACAGAUGAAUUAUCAGCAGAAGUAGAUGAAAUUCUCAAUGCAUAUCCGACGGAAGAACUGAAGCAUUUAACCGAACAAGUUAUGAUUGAAGAAGCAGAAGUAUUUAAAUCUCUUUCACCACCAUCGUCUCUUUUGCAGAACUCUUCACGUUCUUCUCGAGAGCUUGUUUUUAUUGAUUCAGGAAAUGCAGAUACCGAAGAACAUGGCAAUCACGAAAAAGAUAUUACAUCUCAGCUAUCAUCAGUAGAGGAUUUAACCUAA